AUGGAUUCAGGCACAGACGACAGUGAUGAUGAUGAUGAAAACACGCCCAAAAAGAAAUCUAAGAAAAAGACUACGAAGGACAGCUCUCCAUCUGAAAGUUCUGCCAAAGGAAAGAAAUCUAAAUCAAAAGCCACAGAGGACAAAUAUUCCGAUGGAAAAGAAAAGAAGUCCAAGUCUAAAGAGAAGGAUAAGAAGAAGGAACCAGCUUCAAUGUUCCAGAUAAAUGGAGAAAAAGACUCAAAAAGCAAGAAGAAAGCUGCCAAAUCAGACAGUGACCACAGUGAAGAGGAGACAAAGUCAAACAAACUGAAGAAGAAAUCCACCGCUGGCUUUUCAUCUAUGUUCCAAGCAUCGGGAGACAAGGACAAAGACAAGAAGACAAAGAAGAAAGGAAAGGCAGAAGAGAGUGAUGCUUCAGACUCAGAAAAAGAGGAAAAAUCAAAGAAGAAAAAGGGCAAAGGGAAGAAGAAAAAGAUGAGAUGUCCAUCUCCUGAGAUUGAGUUUGACAACUUGGAGAAGUUUGUGAUGCAGCCGGCUCCGCAGGGUGUGACCAUCAAAUGUAGAGUGACGCGAGACCAGAGAGGGAUGGACAAGAGCCUCUACCCACUGUAUUACCUUCAUCUAGACAAUGAAAAGAAGAUAUUCCUGUUGGCUGGGAGGAAAAGGAAGAAAAGCACAACUUCAAAUUACCUCAUCUCCACUGACUCCACAGACUUAUCAAGAGGUGGAGAGAAAUUUAUUGGAAAGCUGAGGUCAAAUUUAAUGGGGACUAAGUUCACUGUGUUUGACAAUGCUCUGAAUCCAGACAGAGCUCUUCCAGACUUGUCUAAUGCACGGCAGGAGUUAGCAGGCAUCAUCUAUGAAACCAACGUGUUAGGCAUGAAAGGGCCCAGAAGGAUGACGGUCAUCAUUCCAGGAAUGGACAAGGACAACACGCGAGUACCACUCCGACCAAGAAACGGAUAUGAUGGCUUGCUGCUAAGACAUCAGAAUAGAAGAAUGGAAAAUCUGAUUGAGCUUCACAAUAAGACGCCGGUGUGGAACGAAGAAACAUCGUCUCAUGUGCUCAACUUCAACGGCAGGGUCACCCAGGCCUCCAUCAAGAACUUCCAGAUUGUCCAUAACAAAGACUUGGACUACAUUGUGAUGCAGUUUGGACGGAUAGCCGACGACAUUUUCACGCUGGACUACAACUACCCACUGUGUGCUGUGCAGGCCUUUGCCAUCGCAUUGUCCAGCUUUGAUGGCAAAAUUGCCUGUGAAUAAUAGGAAGAUCUCUGACUGGCAGCUCUAACUGAAACCAGUAUGCAACACUCCCACAGUCAGAUCAGACCAACCCAUGUCUUUGGGCCUGCCUUCAGCGCUUCCUGUGAUAGACACCGAUAACGAACGGAGGUUCUUUGAAUGUGGCAAUACCUGCUGUUGCACUGUUGCCUUUAUGGGUGUGAUUCCCUCCAGGAAUAAUAAACGAAGCUGGUUUCAUUUUAUCAUCUGAUCUUGUCACAGGAGAGUCCUGGUUUUUGUAAUUCAGUAUAAAGGUCUGAAUUUCUGUGAAUCACAGAAAGUCUAGUGGCCAGAGAGUGAUGGGUUGUUUCAGGCGAUGAUGGUACACCUCAAUAAUGAAAGUGUUAAACGAUGUGUUAAAAAGAUAUUAAACAGUGUUUUGGUGUUGUUAUGCUGCAUUGUAUUGUUCUUCGGUCUAUCUGGCUUUGUUUAAGUAGCUUAUUAAAGUCUUGUGUCAGAUGUGACGCACCAAAAAAUUGAAACAUACCAAGAAUAUCUAGUUUCUUUAAGGCAAAAGUCUAAUUACAGUUACACUCAGUGAGAUAUCAAUCUGCAGAAGUGACACACACUGUCACUUUGAAAAUAAGAAAACCAUUACUCUUAUUUGAAGCUUAUUAAAUCCAAUAACAGCAGUUUAACACAAUGCACUGUCCAGAUUUUAGUGACUCAGACACUGAUUCCAGGUGUCAGGUAUUAUUAAAGUAAUGUGUCAUUGAAACAUAUUGAAAUAGAAAUAUCUUUAGUUGGUAACUAGUGUUAACGUGGUGUUUUCACAAAAUAUUUGAUGUAAUUUAGUUUAUUACUCUGGCAGAUUGCGUGUUUUUGGUGAUUGCAUCUGAUUUGAGCUCAUGUAGAUUUUUUUUGAAGAUGUAUUUUCUUUUCUGAACAC